CCCGUCCUUUUUGCACCCAACCUUGUCCAUCCCAUUCCAAUUCUCUUUCCCAGGUCCGGCAUCGACUCUCUCUUCCCUUCUCUCUUUUCCUACUUCUUUCCUUCUCUUCUUCUUCCUUCCUUCACUUCCUGAUCCCGAUUCAGCUUGACGCGACUCAACUCCCCUCCUCUCCUCUUCACACUGAUCACAAACCCUCCCAUUAUUCAGGCACCAUAGCUUUUCUCUCGCCCAUCCUCAAGGCCAACUUUAUACACAAGUAUACUCACACAUAUAACCUCCGCUCAACAAUGGCAUUGCUUCCUAUCUCGCGCUCGGUAUUGAACGUUGGACGCUACACACCUGGGCUCUCAAGGACUCUUUUUUCGAAACCUACUCUGCAGCGUUCCUUCCCAGCUACCGCACGACUAUAUUCCUCCACCAAUGCAGCCGAGAAGGAGCACGAGUCUUCCGCGAGCUCUACCCCCGGCGUGUUCUCGCGAGUCGCUAAUGCUGUCAAGUCGACAUUUACAACGGGAUCGUACUCUACGCCUGCGACUGACUUUGGCAAGGCAACGACCUGGAACGAGGCCUUAAAGGAAGCCGAAACCCUUGUCGUCGAGAAGAGGGGCGGACCCGUCGUCGAUACGAAGGAGCUCGUCGGUGAGGACCUCAAGGAUCUUAAGAGCAAUAUCCGUAACCUGCUGGGCAGCAACCACCCUAUGGUUUCGACUGUCAGCAAGUACUACUUCCAGGCCGAUGGCAAGCACAUCCGUCCAUUGAUCAUCCUCCUGAUUGCUCAGGCAACCUCCUUGGCGCCCAAGAGGGUCCAUGUCAGCAUCAAGGAUUCGUACGAAGAGAUCGAUACCCCUAUCACAGAGCUGAGUAACUUUUACAUCCCUACCGUGGGUAGUAACAACAGCAGCAGUGGGUCAGAAGCAUCAUCUACCCCAUCGAACGCCGUCCAUUCCAUCUAUACUCCAAGGGUGCAUGCCGCUGACAACACGUGUAUUCUUCCAUCACAACGUCGCCUCGGAGAGAUUGUCGAGAUGAUCCACACCGCGUCUUUGCUGCACGACGAUGUGAUCGAUGUGGCGGACAAGCGUAGGAACCUGCUUUCUGCCAACGAGAGCUUUGGUAACAAGAUGGCCGUUCUCGGUGGUGAUUUCCUUCUGGCUCGUGCCUCCAUUGCGCUGGCAAGGCUUCGCAACCACGAGGUCACAGAACUGAUUUCGACGGUGAUUGCCAAUCUGGUCGAGGGAGAGUUCAUGCAGCUUCGCAACGGACAGAUUGAGAACGGAAAGAACUGUGGCGGUAAAAUGACGACGUUUGAGUACUACAUGGAGAAGAGCUACAUGAAGACGGCCAGCUUGAUCUCCAAGAGUUGCCGAGCCUCUGCUGUUCUCGGUGGGGCCACGGACGAGGUCUGCGACAUUGCUUACACAUACGGGAAGAACAUCGGUCUCGCCUUUCAGCUGGUGGACGACAUGCUCGACUUCACGGUGAGCUCUGAUGAGUUUGGAAAGCCUGCUGGUGCGGACUUAAAGCUGGGGUUAGCCACCGCGCCUGUACUCUUCGCAUGGGAGGAGUACCCGGAGCUGGGCAAGCUGAUCAAGCGUAACUUUGACAAGGAGGGUGAUGUCGAGACCGCAUGGAACCUUGUUCUCAAGAGUAACGGUCUGGAGCAGACGCGCAUGCUGGCCCAGAGCCAUUGCCAGAAGGCCAUUGCUGCAAUCAGUCAAUUACCAGACUCCCAGGCCAAAACAGCUCUGAUCCAAUUGACAGAGAAGGUUCUCGACCGCAAGAAUUAGUUUUUCGAACCGGUUUUUUUUAUAUAUUAGCGAGUAGAAUAGUCCAUCCCUCAUUCAUCUUCCAACCCGUGUUAGAUUGUCACUGUUGGCCUUGGCGUGUUAUCGUUCAAGCAUACCAUGUUGCCGUUCUCUUUUAUUAUUCCCUCUUCCAUUUUCAAAAAGUAUUCAAACCUUAAUACAUACAGCACCAUGCAGAAUCGAACAUACUUUGUACCCGCAUGUGGAAAAUCACUGUUCCCGUUGGCUGAGUUCCCACC